UUUGUCACAACUUCACAGCAAUAGACCUUGGUCAAGGUAACUUCCAUUAUAUCCGUGAUAAAUAUAUUUUGGAAGAAGCCCUCUCUCAAAUUCAGAAGAUGAAGAAUUUACAUUUUUGGCGCACUACUGCACUCUUAACUUUUCUGUUGUGUAUUGGAAACGUUUCAGGAUAUAAGCCAUAUAAAUCGCGCGAGGUAGGAUCUCGUCGAAUUCUUGGACAUUUUUGUGGCCCCCACAUCAACCUGGCGUAUGAUUUUGUGUGUAUAAGAGGAAAAGGAGGAAAAAGAGAACAAAGGUCAACGGCAUUGAAAGAAAAGGAAGCGUUGAGUUUUCUUGGCAAGUCCCGGACGCCAAGAUAUACCGCUCAUACAGACAUUGUUGAAGAAUGUUGUAAAGAAGGCUGCGCUGUGGAAGAAAUUCAUGAAUAUUGUUGGUGA